AUGGACCUCUGCGGAAGCUGCACAAACAGGCGAUCCUGCUCCGGCUAACACCAUAUUAACGCCUAAUGUCCUCAGGAAAGUGCUUUUGCCCGCCAUGUUAGAACCUGUCAGGAUGAUAAAUUUAUGAUUGACAAAACCCACAUCAUUACAAACCCGGUGCUUCUCAGGAAUAAGCGGAUGUCCCAGAUCCUUAAACUUCAGUUUAAGAUCGGCAUUGAGCUCAGGAUAUGCAAAUUCAGGAUUAUUAAAUGA